GCCCAUGUGACGAGCCGUGCGGCUGCAGGAUGGCGGUGGAUAUGAGGCUGCCGGCUGCUCGGAAACGAGUGAAUGAGGGGCUGGAGGCUGCGGACAAGAGCUGGCACCUCGUGUCUCCCGGGGACACCAUCACCACGGACACCGGAUUCAUGAGAGGCCAUGGGACGUACAUGGAGGAAGACAAGCUGUUAGCGUCCGUAGCUGGAGUGGUGGAGAGAGUCAACAAGCUGAUAUGUGUCCGAGCCCUGAAGACGAGAUACAACGGAGAAGUUGGUGACAUUGUGGUGGGCCGAAUAACAGAGGUGCAGCAGAGGCGGUGGAAAGUGGACACUAAGUCGCGCCUGGACUCCGUGUUGCUGCUGUCCUCUGUUAACCUUCCUGGCGGGGAGCUGAGGAGGAGGUCGGCUGAGGAUGAACUGGCCAUGAGGAGCUACCUGCAGGAAGGAGAUCUCAUCAGUGCGGAGGUGCAGGCGGUGUACUCUGACGGAGCGCUGUCCUUACACACUCGCAGUCUGAAAUACGGGAAGCUCGGACAGGGCGUCCUGGUGCAGGUGUCGCCAUCGCUGAUAAAGAGGCGCAAGACUCACUUCCAUAACCUCCCCUGCGGAGCCUCCGUCAUCCUGGGGAACAAUGGUUUCAUUUGGCUCUACCCGACCCCGGAGCAGACAGAGGAGGAAGCCGGGGGGUUCAUCACUAAUCUGGAGCCGCUGCCGCUCUCUGAUCGGGAGGUGAUCUCUCGGCUGAGGAACUGCAUCCUGGCACUGAGCUCGCAGAAGAUGUUACUGUACGACACCAGCAUCCUGUACUGCUACGAAGCCUCCCUGCCGCACCAGAUUAAGGAUCUCCUGAAGCUGGAGGUGAUGGAAGACAUAGUGCUGGAGACCAGGCAGCGUCUUGUGGAGCAGGAGGGGUAGUGGACGUCAUCUAAUUCUGCAGUGUUACAACGUGCCCACCAGGGGUCACUGUCCUCCAUCCUGGCCAGAGACGUCCAACCACGGAGAUUCUCUGAAGAUCGUCUCAGAUCCGGCAGAAAUUAUAUACUGUUUGCAGCUGGAAAGCUGGUCCAGAAGGGGCAGGGGCCAAGCCUGCAGGAUAUAUCGUUUUCGAUGAUGUCGUAUAGUGUUUUCACGUCCAAAUCUGGGGGUUUGGGUCCCAGCUAUUGGCCCCUUCUCCAGUGUGAUCUGGGGGGAGUUAACUGGACUCUUGCAUUUUUGUGUCCUGGCAUCUAUUUUAUGCUUCCCUAAGGCUACUGUCACACUUGUGUUUUUCUUUUCCGGCAUUGAGUUCCGUCCUAGGGGUUCUAUACCGGAAACAAACUGAUCAGGUUUAACCCCAUGCAUUCUGAAUGGACAGCAUUCCGUUCAGGAUGUCUUCAGUUCAGUCUUUUUUACUUUUCAGGACGGAGAUGAUACCGCAGCCUACGGUUUCAUCUCCGUCCAAAAUUCUGGAACAAGCAUUUUUCCGAUUGAAAUGUGUUUGGCAAAACGGAUCCUGUACCUGCUCAGACCGCAAAAAUGUUAAAAAAAAAAAAAUGCUCGAUCCGUUUUUCCGCCAUUUCAAUGCAUUUGUCAUACGGACCAGGACCCUGAUCCGUCUGACAAAUGCCAUCAGUUUGCAUACAUUUUGACGGAUCUGUCUGGCAGUUCUGGCGACGGAAGUGCCUGCCGGAAUCCUCUGCCGCAAGUGUGUAAGUAGCCUUAGCUGCCUAAUCUGUGUUCUGGCUCCAAAAAGGGCAACUUACCACCAAUGUAAGACAGUGUGACAGAGCUGCAGAACUUUCCAUCAGCCUGGACAGUGAUGCGGAUGGUGCACUGCACCCCCUUUUAUCUCAGUAUCUACCAGUUUACGAGGCCGGUGGCAGGAGUUAGGACCCUGCCAAAAUCAGCACUGCCCAAUUGUCAUAACUGAAUGACCCGGGCUGAUCUCUGCUGUCCUGAUUAAAGCGCCUCCGUACAAUGGAAAUGGGAGCUUUUGGCGGCACACGCUGGAUACGGCGACACUCGUAUUUUUAGAAUUUUCUGGGAUGUUCUUUGUGUCAGGAUUAAAUACAGAACGAUCAUUUGU